GCCAGCGUACUCCGACGUUAAUGUAGCCAAUCAGGUUAGGGUUUCUAUAGAGGUUUAAUGGGAUUCAACGAGUUCCCGGAUCCCAAUCCCUUGAGAGACGGAGAGGUAAAAACAGCCUCAAUAAACUUAAAAUGCUGGCGUGAAAUGGGAGAAGACAACAUCCUAAAUCUGAUGCCAUAAACGCUGGAUUAAUGAAAAGAAUUCGCACAGUGGUGUACGGCCGUUUUGGAGAGAGUAGCUCUCGUGGAGGCAAAGAAGACACAACCGUAUGUGAGCGACUUCGACCUCAAGACUUCGCAGUCUCGAAGUCGUUUCGUUAUGGUUUUCCUCAUCAGCCUACCUGUGUUGCAGUGGAUUCUGUUCAGGGUAUUUUAGCAAUAGGUACUUAUACUGGUUCACUGCGAAUAUUAGGUCGUCCAGGUGUUGAAGCACAUGUACAACAUGAAGGCAACACUCCUGUUAGGAAUCUACGUUUUCUGAUUAAUGAGGGGGCGCUGAUAAGUACUUGUCCAGAAGACUCCAUCCAUUUAUGGAAUCUGCGUCAAGCACAGCCGGUUAUUGUUCAGUCACUUAGGUUCAACAGAGAAAGAAUUACCUGCUUACAUCUUCCAUUCACUUCAAAAUGGAUGUUUGUGGGAACUGAAAAAGGAAAUAUUCAUAUUGUAAAUAUUGAGAGGUUUGAUGUGUCAGGAUACAGCAUAAACUGGAACAAAGCUAUAGAUAUUCAAUGCAAGACUCAUCCUGGUCCUGUGGUACAAAUUAGUGACAACCCAAUAGAUUCCAAUAAGAUUUUACUUGGAUAUGAAUCUGGUAUGGUUGUACUUUGGUCAUUAAGAUCAAAAACUGCAGAGCUAAGAGUUGCUUGUCCACAAAAAUCUUUAACUUCCUUCCACUGGUUUAAUGACGGCAAACAGUUUAUAUGCUCCCACACUGAUGGAACACUGAGUAUUUGGAAUAUUAAGGGAAACUCAACUGAUACGUUAUGUCCAAAUGCAGGUAAGACCAGCAAAGAAACAAGACCGUGCGCACCUAUUACUAAAGUACAAUGGUUAUCACCAUCAUCUGGGGAACCACUUAUCUUAUUUUCUGGAGGAACUACRAAGGGAAAACGGAAAGGAUUAACGUUGUGCCAAGGCAAGACAACUAAGCUGCUUUCCCCAGAUAUUAUUCUAGAUUUUACUACUAUUUUAUCAAGUCCAUGGAAAGAAGAUGCCCAAAUUCCAAGAGCUGUCAUAGCUGUAACAACAUCUCGCCUCUUAGUAUAUGACUUAAUGACAUCCUUAGCAAAGCCUCUAGCCUAUGAUGUACCCUAUACAUUUGAGAUACACGAGUCUCCUGUCACAUGUACGCAGUACUUCUCAGAUUGUCCACCUGACCUCAUAGCUGAUCUUGGAUCGCUGGCAAGCAGAUUAAAGAAGAGAAACUUAACCAGAGAAGCCAGCAGACAGGCAUGGCCAAUCUUGGGUGGAGUCAGUGGAGAACAGCCCGAGAAACCACCAUCAGAACUCAUUAUUACAGGUCAUGCUGAUGGAACAGUCAAAUUCUGGGACUCUUCAUCAGCUUCAUUAAUCUUGUUGUACAAGAUGUCCACUGUAAAACUUUUUGAGAAAGAAAAAGGAAAGUCAUCAGAAGAAAGCAGUGACAGUAGCGAGAGAAAACCCAGUACAUCAGAAGGUUCAGAGAGUGGAGAGCGCUCAUCACAGGACGAAGACCCAGAAGCAUAUUCUAUUCAGAUGAUUCAUCUUUGUGAGCACAGUAGAAUACUUCUUGUCGCUGGUGCUGCGCACGUGCUUGUGAUGUCUUUUAGUAUGAAUGAAAAACCUGUAGAGUUUGUGCAAAUAGAUUUGAAUCUGACAUUUGAAUCAUCACAUGAACAACCCUUGUCCCCUGAACCUGAGAACGCCUUCAUGCAACCAGGCGACAGAGGCUCAACAUCAAGCCCUGAGAUACCCUCUCACACCCAGCAGCCUAUUCCAUUACCAAGUGUGUCAUGUAAGACAGGCAUGUUUAAACGGCAUCCAGGAUUCCAGGCAGAGCUUGCUUGUGUUAUUUCAAACAGCCAUGAUGGAUGGCCAGUCAGUAAUAUCUCUCUCAGUUCACAGCUUGGCAUAAUAUCRAUCUGUAGUGGGCCAUCUCUUGCCUUGGUUGAUAUAGUCCAGAAGAAGCUUAUCACCACACUUUCAGCACAUGAAAUGACUUCUUUGGCAGAGAGCCCAUCAAAUGCACCUCCCACCACCCCUAUGUCAGCCAUACCCAUGACACCCGGCACUCCUGGAACACCUAUCUCCCUCACACUUAACCUAGAAGCAGGAGGAGGUUUAGACUUUUCCGAGGCAACUGUCAAUAAACUUGAAAAGAAAAGAAACAAACCACCUCGCCCUGCACCACCUAUGGUAAGAAGUAAGUCACAGGCCAAGUCAGGUGACCCACCUAAUGGUGCUGAAUCUUCUGAAGGAGGAGCUGGUAGUAGACAGAGGGCAAGUUAUCCAUCUAGUGGAGAUGGUGGUCCACCAGACACCGUCCAGUGUACUAAGUUUGCAUAUACUUACACCAAGAAAAAUGAUAACUGGAUCAGUCCUUGCCUGUUUGUUGGUACAGCAAAGGGUAAUACAUUUAUUGUAGUUAUCAACAUGCCAUCAGCUGAAGAACGCCUUAAACAACCAAUACUAACGAUUAUUACAGGUACUGUGUUCCGUCCAAAGUCUGGUUUGAUCAUGACUUUAGCUCUACUUGAUAAUCAAGGGCACCUGUUCCCUUCACCUUUAAAAUUCUGGUCAGAAAAGAAAAAUGAUAACAGCUCAAACAAAACAGUAUUACCGCAGGAAUGUUCAGAUCGGCAUUUUCUUGUCACCAUCACUGAAAGGGAAGCAAAGGUAUUCCAGUUACCACCAGCACACAGCAAUCCCAAUCCCUACUCCAAGACAGCUGUAGCAGAUGAUACAUCAGUAGUGCUGAUUGCUGAAGUGAUUGUUAUUGAAGGCAGUAGUUGUCUGAUAUGUCUGACCAGCACAGGUCAGCUUAUGGCCUUCAGUCUACCAAGUCUUACCACACUCAUGAGUGCUGAGUGUUCCUUUUUGCUCACAGAUUUCAGGUAUCUCAGGACCUUGAAGUUCUCUGAAGGUGGUCAGGCCAUUGUGAUGUGUUCUCCUUAUGAGAUACAAAAGCUAUCUGUGUUUACAAGAAACGGAUCUUCAUCAGAUAGUCUUGGUACAUUGUUUCGUGCCCUGGAGACACCAGAAAAACCAAGCCAGGGGUUCUUUUCAAGCCUAUUUAGUUCACAGGCCUCACCUCUUGAUCGCGAACAACUCUUUGGCAAAGAAAGUGGAGCAGCAUCACGUAGUGUUGCCGAACGCAUGCAGGGACCAGGUAUUCAACAACUCCAGGAAGUAUCAAUUGGUCUUGCAGGUGCAAUGCAGAAGAAUAGAGAAGCUUUAGCAGAACGAGGAGAAAAGCUGUCACAAUUAGACAAGAAGACAGCAGAACUGUCGUUAAAUGCUCAGAACUUCGCUGACGUUGCUAGCCAAAUAACUCUGAAGUACAAAGAGAAAAAGUGGUACCAGGUCUAGCAUGGAAUAAGUUGAUAAUUCCCAUUCAGGAUUGUUUGAAGUGAUGUGUGUCGGUGAUUGGUCAUGGUCAGAUCACAGGAUGCCUAGAUCAAUCAGUCAGCCUUAUGGACACUACAAGUUGAGAUAAAAAUAGUCUUGCAUAAAAGUAUUACAAUCAUAAGAUUAUUUCAAGUUCCCCCUUAGAAGAAAUUCAGCUUAUUAUUUGUAAUUUUAUUUACUUCUUUCGUUUGUUUUCCCCAGUCGAAGUCCAAAAAGAUUAAUACUUCCAUCCUUUGAGGGAUUUGUUAUCAACCCCACUGUUUCGCCCUCCCCUUCYUUGGGAUGUUUGGCAUCCCUUCUGUAGCAAUGCCCUGUACUGAUUAUAUUUUGAGCAAUGCUUGAACAAGACUAUAAAGAUAAUUGUAAAUGUCGUCAUAAAUGAUGUCAAAGAAUUUAUGUUAAGGUUAGCAAAGCCUGCCAAAAAUCCGCAGACCCGUGGCAACGCGGGCUCAGGUAAGCGUAUUUCAUAAACUAAGGGAGAUAGUGAAGAAAGAACGUAAAUUGAUAAAAAAAGUCAUGUCAAACAAUACCAAGUUUUUUAAUCCAAAAUUUCAUUCGAUAUUGUCUAAGGACGUGGUGAAAAUAUUGUUUAUUCUUUGGUAAAGUAGAAAUAAAUUACCAGGUAAUUGUCCCUGCGACCUUGAGACAUUAAACUAAAAGAUUCCAAUGAAGGUGCAAUAUUUUUGGAUUUUAUGUCCUUGAUAAAUGAUGUAGUUAGCAAUAGUAACUUAGAAGAUAUAUUGAAGUGUUUUUGCAGCUGUUGUUAAUAAUGAAGUAAAUAACUCUGAAAUGAU